GGAUAAUGUGGAAUGGAGUGAACCAUAUAAGGCUUGAGCUCUGCACUGAUGAGUCUCUGGUUCAACCAACGAUCCAUUUCCUGUAAGUGUAUUGCUGCUGAGACUUUUAAUAGAUAAAGUUACAAUGGUGAUGUGAUUAUAUCUGAUCACAGACUUUGCCAUUUUAACAUCCAGGGACGUUUAUGUGCGUAGUCUAUGGAUUAUUCACACCAAACAUCUCAUCACCAGGGUUGCUAUGUUCAACGUGACGCUCAUGACAUCAGUCUCACCACCAGCCACGCAAUCACGCGUCGUGCUUCUAUUUUUACCCUAAAAAGCUGUGUUUGAACCGGAAUGCGGCAGCGGUGCUUCACACUCGCUCAGAGGAGACGAUGUAAAUAGCAGCAGGGAGAAAGUGUCUUUCCUUUCCCAGAGCUGCCCGUCAUAUGUCAGCGCGCAAUUGCGCAUUAGCCAGGAAACCCAGAGAUGUGAGACCAGUGGCACAAGGAGGGUGCGUGAAAAGCACCGCAGCGCCUGCACGAGAACAAACCUCCCGCUGUGACCCCGAUCUGAACUGGACCUGCACAUUUUCCUCAUGAUGCCCAGGUGAGCAUUUCUCCACAUGAGGCACCCCCCCCCCCCACCCCCCUGCGACCUGGACGCUGCUGGAGGCACCGCCGCGUUUAGUGGAGACAUUUGGCGCCUGAGGAUGAUGACUGUGUGUUGGACUCACAUAUUCUGCAGCGACGGCCACUCACGGUGACAGUUCGCGUCGGGACAUGAGCUCAUGAGGAGUCUGGGUAUUUGAGAGGAGGCACCAUGGACGCAGCGGACGUGGUCGCUUCCGUGUUGGUUUUGGGGACGAUCUUCGUGUCGCUGCUGUCCAACGUCGUGGUGCUGAUCUGCUUUCUCUACAACCCGGAGAUCCGCAAGCAGGUGCCGGGACUGUUCAUCCUCAACCUGACGUUCUGCAACCUGUUGCUGAGCGUGUCCAACAUGCCCCUGACUCUGGUGGGGCUCAUCACCACGGGCCACCCCGGAGGCAGCGUCUUCUGCCAGGUCGUGGGCUUCCUGGACACUUUCCUCACCACCAACUCGAUGCUGAGCAUGGCAGCGCUCAGCAUCGACAGAUGGUUGGCGGUGGUGUUCCCGCUGAGCUACCACUCCAGGAUGCGCCACCGGGAUGCGGUGGUAGUGCUGGUUUACACGUGGACACACUCGCUCUGCUUCUCCAUAGUGGCCAGCUGCAGAUCCUGGGUCGGGUACCACCACCUUUACGCGUCAUGCACCCUGUGCAACGUCAGGGCGAAGGGAGCCGGGGAGCAGUUCAUCAUCUUCACCGUGGCUCUGCACUCUCUCACCUUCCUCCUGACGCUGGUCGUGAUGUGUGUGACUUACAUGAAAGUGCUGAAAGUAGCGAGGUUCCACUGUAAACGGAUCGACGUGAUCACUAUGCAGACGCUGGUGCUGCUGGUGGACAUUCUCCCCAGUGUGCGCCAGAGAUGCUUGGAUGAGCAGAGGCGGAGGAGGCAGAGGGCCACCAAGAAGAUCAGUACGUUCAUCGGCACAUUCGUGGUCUGCUUCAGCCCUUAUGUCAUUACGAGAAUUGUGGAGCUCUUCUGCCCAGGGCCCAUCAGCCCUCACUGGGGUGUGCUGUCCAAAUGUUUGGCCUACAGCAAGGCAGCGAGUGACCCAUUUGUCUACUCACUGCUGCGCCACCAGUACAGGAAGACCUGCAGCCUCCUGGCCAACAAGGUCCUCAAGAGGAGUCCGCUCAACUCCUCCUCCAUCAGGAUGGAGAACAACGUAGGGAGGAGCCACAAUAAUGUCAGCGCAAGCACCAACACCCAGCCACCUGCCAACAAGCCACAGUGAAGGCUAUCACUUUCAGAGAGAGUUAGGGUGUGAUGCUGAGCUAAAGGUUAUCUCAGAGGUUCAGAGGGGAGUGUGACUGUGGAUUGACCUCUGUGAGUGAGUUCAUUCAUGAUUACUCGUCCAAGGACAAUAGGGAAGUACGUUGCAUUCACUCGAGCUCUGUUUCUCCUGAAUUAACAACUGAAUUAUUUAGUUAAUUCAGAAAAACUGCAGAUUCUCUUUUUUUUUUAAAGAAAAUGUUAGCGUUAGUUGGGAAAAUCAGACCUCUUUUUCCUGAAUUAAGGAAAUAUUUUUCACUUAAUAUACAGCAACAACCGGAGCAUCCAUGCUGAUGAGUGCUUCUUGCCGGAUUUUGAGGUUUGAUUUCUUUGUUAUUUUAUUAAUUCAUUAACUAAUUAAGACAAAUAAGUUGAUAAUUCAUUUGAAUGCCAUACCCUUCCAUAGGACAAGGCUGAAUAUUCUGCAUUUUUCUUCCUGUCAAAAAAAUCCUGUGCAAAGUCCUGAAUCAACAGUGUGUUAAUCCGUCUUUUAAUACUUUCUGAAUUUCCUGUGGCAUUCUGCAUCGUACUUGCUUGGAGGACAUAAGUCUUAAAAGUAGGCCACAAAUACAAAGUUUCAAAUAGCUGCGUUUUGCAGAUUUUUGCAAUUGUUCCUCAAACAGGAGUUAAAAAAAGAUUUGAGGCAGCAGUACUGUGAAAAUGUGAUUAAUAUUUUUUUUUUUUAAAGAUAAAAGAUAAAGAUAAAGUAGCUUUAUUGUCAAUUCCUUAACAUGUUCAGAACAUACACUGGAAUCGAUACGACGUUUCCCACUCUCCCACAGUGAAACAUAUAAAGUGCACAUGCACAACAGAUAACACAAGACAUUUCCUAAUACUAAGUAAACAUACCGAAUUUUUUAGUACAGCAGCAUAAGGUUCUCUAAAAGUGUAAAAUUAGCAGUGAUUAAAGUGAUAAAGUGCAAACAGUACAAGAGACAGUUUGUUGCAGAAGUAAACAUACAGAUUUUUUAGUACAGCAUAGACGGCAUAUAAGGUGACUGCUCCAUAAUAGUGAAGCCAGGUGGCUGGCAUUAGUGGAGGUUAUAAAUCCUGAUUCCUCCAUGUUAGCAGAAGGGACAACUACAAAGUCAGUCAGUAUACGUCAAAUAUUUUUUCUUAAAUAUGGUUUCUGAAAUUCUAGGCAGUUAUAAUCCCACUGGUGUUCAUUCAUCUGUUAAAUUUGUUUUUAAUUAAUUAUUUGAUUCUCAAACGUGGAGAAACGUCAUGACAGGUCGAGUCCAUGUACUGGUGGGACUUUGCCUCAACGGCUCCAUCAACUGCCCUGACUCUGGUACCAAAUGUGCAAGAUGGCAGCAUACGUAUCCGGAACAUUUCAAGUAGAGACGUGUGUUUUUUCAUAAUAUACAGUUUAUGGGAUUAAGGAAAAAAUAGCUUAAGUGUCCAUGUAGCACCCGUUGAAAUGAUGCAGCUCCUCUGUGAUUUUAAAGUGUCUGGAUGACAGUGGGUACAGACUGACUGUGGAACAGGAGAAUUUCAGUUAAUUUGGGCGUAAAAAGAAAUACGGUGGAGCAAUAUGAUGAAAAAUCCAGAGUACGUCAUAUCCACAAAUUAUAACUUAUUUCUAUAAACAGAUUGUGCAUUUUAAUGUGAGAUUUCUAGUUGACCAAUAACGUUUCAGCAGGCUUUGGAAGCCCCAGAAUAUCGUCCGUUACUGUUAAAGCUUUGAUGAAAUCAGUAACAUGAGUAUUAACAUCAUUACUGCACAGCUCUAUAUAAUCUAUAGGUCUUAAAACCAUCACAGACACAGUGUAAGAGCUUUUGAAUCCCACUUGAACUGAAUUUCAUGAAAUUCAAGCAUUACCUCUGACCUCAUCGCUGAUUCUCUACCUGGAUGAAGAGCUGAAUGUUUUCAAGGAAUGACUCAAAACGUACGAUGAUUUUAACAGUAUGCUGUAAAGGGGGGGGAGGGGGGUUCACCUCACCCACUGUAUUCAGACUGUAUGUUGUAGCUCUGAGGCCUGACUUCGAAAGUGCCUUUUAGACGAUAUAAUCUCUCCCAUCGAAUCAAAACACAACAUAGGAAACCCUCACAUUCUGUCCUUUAUAUUCUGUGGUGUUGUUAGGUGUGAUGAUAGAGCCUGUUGUGGUCACAUUGUGGGAACAUUUUGAAUAGUGUGUAUGUUCUAUUACCUCCACAUUGUAUUAAUGCAUCUGGCAAAACAGGGUGAAAUAUUAUUUGAAUGUCGUAGCCACUGUUUAGUGAUGUGUUAGUAACAUUCCAGCUCAUGAUGUGUGAGCGGCUGAAAAUGAUUCAUCUUGACAACAGUGCAAAUCAGGUGGUUGUACUUUUACUUUACUGUGACAGUAUAUGAGGCCUUUAAAAGGCAGAAAUCUAUUUAUUUUUGUCUAAACUGUGUCAGAUUUUGCUAAAUAUGUUUGUGAUGAUAUUGAAAUAAAUGCUGUGCAUUUUGAUAUUUUAA